AGGUAUAAGCUCCUUGAUUCGUUCAUGAAGCUAUUUUUAUGUCCAUGCGCCUGCGCAUUUCAUUUUUUAGCUCAACUUAUGAAUAAUUCAUGCACCAUAGCGUUCCCAUGUACGGAAAAAAUAUUCGCAUCCGGCCGGCCGCGCCGGCCAGCUGUGUAGAUUGCCGGGACUGUUAGUUAAAAUCGGUUGACUCCAACGUUUCUCACACCAUUCACACCGUUUCUCCCAUUCUUCAAAGUGAUUUUCACCACGAUUCCUGGGUCUAACAAGCAACAUGAGAUUCAGAUUUUGUGGAGAUUUGGACUGCCCCGAUUGGGUGCUUGCAGAGAUCAGCAUUCUGAGUAAAAUAACGUCGGUUAAAAUGAAGCUUCUAUGCAUCCAAGUUAUCAAAGAUCUUCUUGGGGAUAGCAUUGAUUUUGAAAAAGUUUACAAGUUAACAGCAGAUGCAAAGUAUGAAUCAAGUGAUGUGAAAGCCAGUAUUGCUGCUCUAUCAUUCAUCUUGUCAAGUGCUGCUAAAUACAAUGUUGAUGGAGAAUCCCUCUCAAAUGAAUUACAACAGUUAGGCUUACCAAAAGAACAUUCAGCGGCUCUGAGUAGGUCAUAUGGAGACAAAAGAGAGAAGAUGCAAGAGACUUUUAGAUCAAGAAGCUUGAGAUUAUCCAAGUUCGAUUCUGUAGACUGGAGAGUAGAUUAUAUCCUCGGUUCAAGCGAGAUUGAGACAAUCAAUGAGCCUAAUUUACAACUCAGACUUAAUCUAAGAGAUACAGAUACAAAUUCUAUCAAUGCCACUUCUUUCUCCAUUUCUUCUGAAAAAUUUAGAACCCUACUAAGUGAACUUCAGCAAACUUUAAAACUCAUGGAUGGCUUAUCAUAGCUGAGAUGAAGUUACUCACCGGCUACACUCUAUUUUAUUAUAAAGCAUUAUAAAUUACUAGAUGACAAGUGGAAUCUAAUCAAAUGAUUGGUUUUGCUCAUGUGUGUCCAGGUAAUUGUUUUGCCUAGCAAGUACAUUAACCUAUGACUGGUGGUGAGCGGUCAUAAUGAAAGUCUGAUGACCGGUUAUUGUUUUGAGAUGAGGAUGGUUUAUCAAACAACAAGGAUAUCCUUAAAUCAGUAUCUUGUAAAGGCCACUGCACACCUUACGACUGCUCGCCUUCCGAUUUUGGAACAAAUCUCAUUUUGCUCAUUUUCUGAAAAUGU